UUAAAAGAGUGACCUAAAACAAGGCAUUUGUGCAGAGGGCACCGGUUUGAAUAAUUUGCUGCCCCGCAGACAAAAGGAAGACUGACAUUGAAGAGGCUGUUAGCUCUCUCUCUACCGUCAUAUAUAUGCUCAAAAAUACAAUCAUAAGGACCUGCCGCCGGUGGUCCUCUCAGUUCCUGACAACGCCAUUCUCCACUCUAGAAUGACCAAGCAUAGACUUGGACUGCACACUCGCUCGUGCUUCCAUCUCUCAAGAACAAAGAGACCUUUAACUACUUCCCCUUUACCUUCGGAAGCAAUAUCAUGUGUUCACACUUCCCCAGUUAAUCACAAGACCUUGUGUUUUUCACUUGCAGACAAUUUAAUAGUUCGUGGGUUGUUCGAUUCAGCUGAGAAAGUAAUUCGGAGAAUCAUCAAGCAUUCCUCAUCAGUUUCUGAAGCUAUCUCUGCUGUUGAAUUUUCUAUUUCUCGUGGAGUUGAGCCUGAUGCAACUAGCUAUGCUUUUCUCUUUCGGCAACUUGUGACAUCUAGAGAAACCCUGAAGGCUGAGGCUCUCUAUGUAGAUUGCAUUUUGAACAGAGGUAUUGAGCCGAAUCAUUCUGUAUUGAAUUCCAUGGCGAUUUGUUAUUGUAAUUUGGGUAAAUUGGAGGAAGCUAAGUUGCUUUUUGAUAAACUUGUGGAUAAGAAGUUGUUGCCUUGUAGUAGCACGUGUAAUGAGCUUAUUAAGGGAUUUUGUGGCCAAGAUAGAAUCUUGGAUGGAUUUGAUGUUUUUGUUGAAGCUAUUAAUUCAGAGGUAUUACUGGCUUUCAGUUGUUACAAUAAGUUAGUGGAUGGUUUGUGCUUCCGUGGGUACUUAGAUGAAGCACUCUAUGUGUUUGACGAAAUGUGUGAUAGAGGGGUACCACCCACAGUUCAUUUGUUUAAAACAUUGAUUCUUUCGUUGUCUAAGAGAGGCAGAGUUGAGGAAGCGCAAUUGUUGAGCAUGGAUAUGGAAUCUUAUGGUUUUGUUUUGGAUAAAGUAAUGUACACGACUCUCAUCAACGGUUAUUCCAAGAUCCAGAAAAUGAAAACGGCUAUGAUGUUAUUUCUCAGAAUGCGUAAGUUAGGCUGUGAACCGGAUAAGUAUACUUACAACACGCUGAUCAAUGGGUUUAUAAACUUGGGCAUGUUCGACAAGGGUUGGAUGCUGAAUCAGCAGAUGGUUGAAUUUGGAUUAGAACCUGAUGCGGUAAGUUACCAAAUCAUGAUUGCCAAGUAUUGCAAGGACCAUAAAGUUGAUUGCGCAUUGACGCUAUUGAAUGACAUUAAUCAGUGCAACGUUCCUCCCAGUGUUCACUCUUAUACUGCUUUGAUCUCUGCACUUUAUAAAGAGAAUCGGUUAGCUGAAGUAGAUGACUUAUACAGGAAGAUGUUGUACACUGGAUUGGUUCCUGACCAUGUUCUGUUUUUUACCUUGAUCAGCAAUCAUCCAAGAGGGUCAGAGAUUAGUCUAGCAUGCACAUUUUUGCGGGCUAUUGCCAAGAACGGUUGUGGUAUUGACCUCUCUUACAUCCCUAGCCCUACCAGUCGUAAAGUUACUACAGAUAUCAUGCUUGAUAUUGAUCGUCUCUUGGGAGAAAUUGUGGCAAGAAACUUACCUCUGGCUAGUGUUGCUUUCAAUAUAUAUAUGAUUGCUUUGUGUCUAGGAGGAGAACUUGAUUCUGCUCAGCUUUGCAUGGAUAAGAUGUCAAGCCUUUCUCUUCAGCCUUCACUGUCAGCUUAUAAUUCCAUGAUCAAGUGCCUUUACCAAAAGGGACUACAUGAGGAUGCCAAGUUCCUUGUUGAAGUUAUGCAAGAUCAAGGUCAAGUUCCAAAUCAAGCAACAUUCUUGAUUAUGGUAAAUGAAUACUGUAAACAGGGUGACAUACAAUCAGCAUUAGAAGUUUUGGACCAAAUGGAAGAGAGUGGAUUGAAGCCUAGUGUUGCUAUAUAUGACUCCGUCAUUGGGUGUUUGGGUAGAGAAAAGAGAAUAGACGAGGCCCUUGGAGUUUUCCGGAGAAUGCUCGAGGCUGGAAUUUAUCCUGAUAAAAUUUUGUUUGUGACAAUGAUUAAUGCUCUAUCAAGAAAUGGGCAAGCUAUUCAGGCCCAUGAGCUCUUCAUUACAAUGUUGGAAGAUGGAGUUCAACCAAGCCACUAUGCUUAUACUGCUCUUAUAAAUGGGUUGGUUAAGAAAAACAUGAUAGAAAAGGGCUGUGUAUACCUCAAGCAAAUGAUAGAAGAGGGUUUCAUGCCAAAUACUGUUCUUUAUACUUCUCUUAUAAAACAAUUCUUAAGGAAGAGACAGUUUGAAUUCGCACUUAAGUUGGUUGAUUUGAUGGAAAGAAGUGAGAUUGAGCGAGACUUGGUAACUUAUAUUACUUUGGUCAGUGGCGUUUCUAGAAAUAUUAGGUCAGUCGAUGGGAAAGGGCUUGUUCCACAGAGACGGUAUGAAGAAUCUAAGGAAAUGUUGUUCCGCCUACUUCAUCAGAGUGCUAUGUUGCCUAAGGAAAAAUGUUUGAAAAUCUCAGUUAGCUCUCAGGAACAAAUAAAAUUUCUUGCACUUCGGCUGAUAAAUAAAGUGAAGGCCACUCCCCUAAUGCCAAAUUUGUACUUAUAUAAUGGCAUAAUUUCUGGGUUUUGUUGGGCAGAGAGUAUGGAAGAUGCAUACAAGCACCUUCAUACGAUGCAAAAUGAAGGCAUCCAACCAAAUCAAGUUACUUUUACUAUUCUAAUUGAUGGGCAUUUCCGAAGUGGUGAAAUUAAUUGUGCUGUUAGUCUUUUCAACAGAAUGAAUGCACAGGGUUGUCCUCCAGAUAACAUCGUCUACAACACUUUAAUUAGAGGUCUAUGCAGGCACGGAAGGCUCGUGGAUGCUCUAUCACUCUCAUACACUAUGCUCAAAAAAGGAUUGGCCCCUUCUAAGGCAUCAUAUGAAAGUCUUCUCAGUUCUCUUUGUGCUAGUAAUUGGAGAGUUCAUGCACUGAAGAUAUGUCACGAUAUGCUUGCCAAUAAAUAUGUCCCUUGUGGCCAUAAUCUUAAAUUGUUGAUUUGUAUACUGGGUGAAGAAAAUAAGUGGCACGAAGCUCGUUUUAUGUAUGAUUUGCUUCUUAAGAAAGAAAAUUUAUGAUGAACACAAGCUUAGAGGCUGGGUAUGAUCUCUCUGAUAUUGUUGGGCUUCCUUCCCUUGUCCGUGUGUAUCAACAGAAUAUGGACUUUUGUAUGGAGCUGCACAUUGUAGCUUGUGUCCACUCAGAAUUCCAUUUGUUAUUUGUUGAAUAUGAUAAGCGGCUCCUAUGUACUGGUCGUGUCUAAUUUUUGAGGUGAUUGUAUGCUAUGCGCAGUUGACAACCUUUAGCAGAGCUCUACGAGUUCAGAGGCAACAGAAAAAGAAGUGUCAAUCUCAGAUGAAAGAGUUGGCAUCCAUUUGUCAGUAAAUAAAGAAUCCUCUGGAUGGUAUGUGCUUUACAAACUCAUUGUUGGAGGCCUCAUAUUUGACAGAAAGCCAGAAGCAGUAUCUAGAGACAAGUGCUGCUUGUGGGAGGCAGAUGUCUAAGAUCACUUGAAUGUUGCUGUGGAAAACAUUGAGGAUGGUUCGCUGACCAUUGAGAAAGAAGAAUUUUUCUUGGGAGUGUAAUAGAAUGCUGUUGUUGGCCAAGGUGAUGUUAUUGCUCACUGAAUGUAUUAUCCGGAAUAUUUCAGAGGAAAUUAAGCCAUUAAUAGUCUAUGGCAACCAAGUGAAAAUCAACAGGUCCUGUCAGACUUGUUGCUGGACAUCUUACUGUAUGCACCAUCACCUGACAGUGAAUAUCCAACUUCGAUAAAGUAUAAGCAAAUAUUUGAAGAAAUAACUGUGUGGACUACUGAAUUCUGAGAAUAAUCACAUUAUCUUCUCAGAUGCCCACCAGCUGAUUAGGCUAAAUUCAUGAAAAUACAAGUAUUCAGAGGCUUCUAUAGAGCUGUGCAAAGAGAUGAAUCUGAAGGUUGUUGAUCUUUGGACUACAAUUCAGAAAAGAGAAGAUGGUUGGUUGCUUGCUUUACAUAAGUUCAGUUAACCGUCAUGGAGCGGGAGAAAGUGCACUUCAUGAACAAGCUGUUACCUUGUAAUAGAAUUUUAUUUGUUUUUCUUCAUCUUCCAAUCAGUUUGCUGCGAACGUAUCCACAGACCACAGAAACACCUCUACAUUGAUGCUAAUGUUUUAAAGAGUGAGUUAGAGCCUAGAGGAAGGUGCAAGUUGUGGUAUUUAUGGCCUCUGAAAGUGCUAUAGAUAAGACACGUGCCACCAAUGCCAUUCCCGUUUGGCACAAUCCGAGCGCUGUAGUUGAACACAGCAGCUGAAAGGAAAAUCUCAGCAGGUGGCAUUCCCAAAACGUCCUAGUAGCUGUGGUGGACUGUGCUGAAAAUGUAUGAUUUAGCUGGACUUUAUGUCGCUCCUUUACUUUGGAACGAAGGAAAUAGAACCUUCUUUGGGAGAGAAAAUAAUCUUGUGUAGAUGAAAGUCUGGUGUCUGUUCCUAGUCAAUUUGGUGCACCAAUUAGGUUCCUGCUAACAUAGGCAACAUUUGAGACCAAUGAGUUCUCUACUUUUUGUAAACCAGUUGUAUACUAAACUGGAUAUUGAAUCCCUCAACAUCAAUAAACAACCUUUUGUGGCGUUGAGGUUUGCUUUCUCCAAAUAACUUAGUUUAUAAAUUUUUAGAGCAUGAUUUGCAGUUUGAGGUAUGCAUAAUCCCAUUAAGUUAUUUUUUUUACCUCUGAGAAAGAUUAAUGUUGUUUGCUUCCCUCUGGCUUUCCUUGAUUAGUCUCUUGCUGAAAUGGGUUUUAAAGAAAACCUUUUGAUGGUGAUACUAUCAAAUUAUUCUUUCCGUGUUAUGUAGUCUUAAUCUGGAAACCGAGCUUAAGCACACCAGAUUUUCCUCCUCAUCUAAUUAAUUUAUGUUAGAUUUUCAUGAUAAGUGGUAUCUAUGAUGUGAUAUUUUCUGCAGUGUGUUUCUCAUUUAUAUAAAAGACUUCUUGGUUGUGGUCCAUGCCUGUUAGUUCACUACCAGCACCCUCUUCUUGUCAAGGGAGUUUCCUAAUUACUGCAUUCAUGUUUCACAUCAAUGAAUGCAUCAUUGUCAUAAAUAGGUUCCUGAGAAAUCUUCCCAAAAAUUGCAAAAUUGUUGUGGUUUUUUUUGUCUGACUAUCUUAAGUCCUAAAGUUGAAGAACACAAUGGCUCGAUUUCUUUCCUCCGCCUUUUAUUGCAGGAAAAGGACAUUACUUUCGUGAAGGCCUAAAAACUAUGAUUAAAGGAUGCUUUCUCACAUGGGGAAUACGAGGUAAACUCAUUGCUGCUUUUAUGUUCUUUUAUUUGUAAAAAUAAGCUUAGAUAAAAUGCAAUUUUUCCUUGUGCCAAGUAUAAAAUCAAAUUUGUUCGUCUUGUUUGCUUGUGAACAGGUCUAGAUUUUGAUCUAAAACUCACUUUUGAGAGAAUAUGUAUGUACUUGCUGUUCUAUUAACUUUUGCAUAUGGAAGGAUAAUGAGAUUAAUAUUUGUAUCAUAAAUUUCACACGCUUAGUCUUUUAUUUUGGCAUUAACUAUAUAAUAACGUUUGGAGGACGGAGAAGGUUCUUCUGGGAUUUACUAAAUUUUGAGUGACCAAAUUCUCAUUUAUCACUUUAUGUUCUUCCCAGCAGUUCAUUGGUUGCUUUGCGGUACCACUCAUCUGUUCCUUCGCUUCCCCCAACAUUCUCUUGUCUUUCUUCUACUCUCUUUUUUGUUAUUCUGCUUUCUCUCUUCUAAUAAUUGCCGUAUCUGUUGGGUUUCUUUUCUUGUCUUUACCUUAUCUGUCUUUUUAAGAUGAGCUCUUGUUUCUCUGCCUCUCUGGUUGUCUAUUUUGUAAUCCUUUUUAUAUCAAUGUAUCUGUGACUAAUUUUGUAAUGUAUAAAAUUCGAUUGUAUUUUUUCUCUAAGCUACUGGAAUACAAAUGUUAGCUCAAGUUUUACAAACCUUGGUUUUCUUUCUGAAAUUGGAUAUCUCUGCUUUCCUCAUGUUCCCUGUAUCUUCUUCCUGAGAUUUUUCCUUUUUUCUUUGUUUUACUACCCUUCUCUGGAUCAUGCAUGUUCUGAUUUAUCCAAAACCCUUGUUUCUCUGGACCAUGCAUGUUCUGAUUUGUCCAAAACUCUUGUAGCCAAUAGCUUGGCCUUGUCCUUUAGUCGGAGCGCAGAUUCUAUCUUUGUUUCCACUUGCUACAGGAGCUGUUCAUCUAAACUCUCCGGUGAAAGGAAUGUAGGAAUCUCAUGAAGAGAGAUGUGUGUCAUUUGUGUUAAGAAAGAGAAAUCAUUGGGAAGGGUUGAGUAAUUCAUCCCUUCGACUGAAGAUAUCAAUAGAAUUUUGCAAUUCAUGGAAGAUUAAUUACUAUGAAAAAAUAAGAAUGUGUUCUAGUAGUACUUUAAUUACUUCAUUAAGCAGAAGAAACAAGGGAAACACUUGUAAGAUAAUAGAUUCUGAUAUGACUUUCUUAAAUUUUAGCCUUUUAUGAAUUAUAAUAAAGUGCAGAGGUGAAUUAUUUUA